AUGUAAUCCUUCCACCAUGACUUAUGCGUGAUACGCAUACCCGAAGCGGUAUCGUUCGAAGAUGGUUCGCCCCGCGGUCGCGCACGAUUUUUUCGGUAUUUCCCAAGUAUCUCCGUCGCGCCGCCCCGUACCGUUCGCGCGCGACGCCGCAUAGGAGGAGACCCCAAAAAAGUCAAGUGUGGGUGUUGUUCCCUCGCGAUACUUGUAAACACAGCCAGCAAAUCUGGAUGAGAUCAGGGAGAGGAUGAUCGCCGCCUCAGAACCGGUGGAGUACAAGCCAGGUGGCCGAGAGAUAAUCCUAAAACAUCCUGGAUCCCUGAUCAGUCAGCAGUUGUCUAAUAAUCGAACGGUUGGUGGAGAAAAUGUUCUAUUAAAAAGAUUUAGCGAAGUAAAUAUAUCGGAUAAGUCUCCUAAAGAGACAUGGCUGGUACGCAGUAAUGAAAUUUGUGGGGAGGAAGAGUUGUAUUACUCGGGGAAAGUGGCGGUCCACUGCAAGGGCAGCCAGACCACUCGCGUGCUCAAAGCAACUUACACUUGUGAGACGGAUAUUAAGCAUGCACUUUGGUGUACUUUUCACACCAGUAUCCCGGAUCACUUGGCCAGGAGUAAAGAAUCUGAGACCGACAGCUCCGUCGACAGAUCUAUAGAGUGCAUUUGCCUGCUGGACUCCUAUACUCUCAAGGUCUUUACAGAAAGUGGCAAAGACUACGUUUCUGCUUUGCAGUUUCAGGUCUCUGCUGUGUGGCCGACAAAAUAUGGAAUUAUACUCGAAAAAGCUCAAGUGCCGAUUACAGAUUCCAGAUAUGUGUCGUUUGAAAACAGCAGAUUGCCACCGCAACACGAAAAUAAUUUACCAGUGGCCUUUUCGCUGAUGCAUCCAUUAGAUGAAAUUUGCCCGUUACUUAUUAAGCAUGGAACUGUGUCGUAUAUGAACGAGUCGAGCCAGCAGAUUAUAUUCACUAGCUCGGAACCAUCCUUUGCGGUAGUAUACGAUACGAAAACGGGCUUGCAUUCGGUAUACAAAAUUCGCAAGGCAUCAGCUGACGAAUGCCAAAUAGUAUGUGGAAGUAACAUAAGUUUAUUCAAUCAUUCGACAAAUAUGUCGUCAUUAAAUGUUGGCAGCAAUUUAUCCGCCAACAAAAGCUACAUCAACAAGGGUCCUCUAAGUCCCUUUCUUUUUGGAAUUCCAAACGUACAGAUAAAUAACACUGGUAUCAGUUUAGGAUUGUCGAACACUCCGUUUGGAUCGCGUACGACCUCCUACAGUACCAAUUCAGGCGGGCCAUCACCGUCUCAGCAGCAACAGCAUUCACGUUCACAAAACUCGAUGGCCACCCUUUCUCGCUGCCAAUCACCUACGCAUUCGGUGGUCAUGUCCCCUCUGCUUGGUGCACCUACAAACUCGAAUAUCUACCACAACAGAUUACAUCAGACCAUUAUGGUAACUGGCUUGAAUCAAACGCACAGUCCCAGUUACAACAGCAUCCGAUUGAAGGAUGUUGCAACUGCAAGCAAACCAUUGUAUCCCGAGAUCUGUCUUGAACACGUGUGGACAGAAAACGUCGGUAUGCUGAAAGAUACUUACGGUCGUGCAUCUAAAGUUUUCCUAACAUCGGACCUUGUCGGGCACAAUUACUUGGGCUAUUUGAUUCCGAAUCGUUCGCAGUUGUCUUUGGUCAGAUUGGAAAAGACUAACAAGCAGCAACAGAUCAUUUUCGGGAUGGUAACGAGCAUUGUGGCUAAGGAUGCUGUCACUUUGUCGAAUCUGCACAUGAUAGCAAUUGUGGAUUUGUCAAACGGUAUAUCGUUGUACACAGGAGUUACGUGCGUGGGUAAAUUGCAUAUAACCGGCAUGCUCUCCAAUUUCACGGGCAGCAAUUACUUUCUGUCAAACAGCAAUCCCAAGCUCGGAUCUCCGUUUCCGAGACGAAGCUCCUUGAUCUCUCAGAGCUGUGCUACCUCGCACGAAGUUAAAUUCGAAGAAGCUUUACAUUUACUGAGUCCUGUAGGCGGUAAUUGCGCUCGUCCGCCGAUACUUUUGGAACAUUCAUUGCUGGACACGAACUUUCUCGCUUUGAAAGAAACUGUGGGCAAUGAGGUAACCAUGGAGUGCGGAAAUAAGCAAUAUUUCCGUAUAACGUUGCCUGUUUCCAGUACAUCUCCUUUAGUCACAAAAUGUCUACAUACGUUACGGAGCGUUCUUCAAAGAGACCUGGCGAUGCAAUUGUUGAUUAAGUGGUACGGCGCUAGAAACGCUCCGGGCCCACAAGACUUUUCACCGGCGCAAGAGUGGGAACUAUUUCUUACAGUUCUAGUCACAUUAUUGGGAUACGAUGUAGAAAAACUACGUCUGAUACGAAACAACGAGAAGGAUCAGUUUACAGAGCGCAACAGCCCGAUGGUGGUACCCAAAAAGCAGAAGACCAGCAAUUGUGGAUCUACGGAUGAUUGGCUGUACUUGUUAAAUUCAAACGAGUAUAAAAAUUCUCAAACUUUUGCCUCGAAUGUUCUGAAGAGUCACAAAAUAUCCAGCUUUCUUUGCGCGACGUCUCAAAGCGUCGCGGAAUCGAGUAACGUUGGCAAAAUCAACGUACAAGCCAUCCUGUUUCCACAUUUUCCGCUCAUUUUAUUUUCUCUUCAUCUGUUGUACGAAGAACUGAAGCUAAACAGCGUUAUAUCGGAGAGUCUGCCGUUGCUCGGGCAGCUGUUGUAUCAAUUGAGCAUAGAUCUGAAGUUCGAGAUGUACGCUCAUCAUUACUUUCUUGAUUCACCCACGUUGUCGUACCUGAAAACCACGAGAUCCCAACUCGGCGACUCGGACCUGCAGAAAAUAGCAAUUCCGAGUUACAUGCCGCGAAAACCACCAGGCAUAUUUGAAACGUUAAACAGCAUGUUGGACGGAACGGAUGUAACUGCAUUUCCGUAUUUAAGCCACGUUAAUCCAAGAACGAGAAAUAUAGUGUAUCUGACUGCGCUUACAGCAAAUGAAAAUCGCGUUGAUAUAAUUGAAAUGGAGAAGUAUAUCAAGUUAAUUGUACCUGCUGGAAAUCGCGUUGAUAUUCAAGAGAGCAGGAGCAAGAUUGACAAGGAGAUACUGAAGAAACUGGAGAAACCCACAACGGAUAGGAUAAUAUUGUUAUAUCACGAGAUGGGCAUGAGAAAAGAACACCUCGAGACAUUGCCACCUGCGGUAUCCUUGAUGAUAAAAGACGUAAUGCACAGAUGUAGAGAAAGUCCACCCUCGAAUUGGCCUAUGCACGCGUACGAGCUCAUAGAUCGCCAAGAUCUAGCCGUGUUGGAUAAGCACUUAAAGCCAUUAUCGAGAUUACAGUCUAUUGACGGUGACACCAGGGAUUAUGGAAUAAAGGAUGAGCAGGACGACGGCAUGGAAUUCGAUGAUAUGAUAUUAAAGUUACGAUUCAGUAAGGAUCACAGAGUCGCGGAGGUGCGAAGGUUGCUCAAUUCCUCGAAACCAAUGAGGAUAGCGAUAGUUCAAAGAUCAAACGUGAGCGACCACGAGUUUAUAGAGGAGCAGGAAAGACACCUGCUCACGUUGUGUACGAGAACAAUGGCAUUGCCUGUAGCUAGAGGCAUGUUUACACUGAGAACUUCGACGCCGAUGAUAACGGAGCAGUUGCCCAUCCCGCGAUUGUGUCUAACCGGCAAAGCACCGCCCCGUGGGACUACCGUCGAGUUGACUCACAUAGACGUUCCGCCAAACAUGAAUCUGUGGCCGCUGUUUCAUAACGGCGUAGCUGCGGGCCUGUGUAUUCAUCCGGACGCUGCGAACAUCGACUCGACGUGGAUAGUGUACAAUAAACAACAGCAGGGUGAAUACGGGGUGGAACAUUCGGGAUUUCUGAUGGCUCUCGGUUUGAACGGGCAUCUGAAAAACUUGGCUCCCUUAAGUACAUACGAAUACCUGGCCGACUGUCACGAAGCCACUAGCGUUGGACUUUUGCUGGGCCUGUCGGCGACGCAUCGUGGCACGAUGAACGUGUCUAUGACUAAAUUAUUAUCGUUACACGUGGAAACACUUCUGCCGCCGACGAGUAUCGAAUUAAACGUACAGCAGAAUGUACAAGUGGCGGCACUAAUGGGAGUUGGCCUCGUGUAUCAGGGAACUGCGCACAGACAUAUCUCGCAUGCCUUGUUGUCUGAAAUCGGUAGGCCGCCAGGACCUGAAAUGAAGAACUGCGUGGACCGCGAGUCAUAUUCUCUGGCAGCGGGACUAGCAUUAGGUCUGGUCGUACUUGGCUCUGGUGGCGGAACGGAUGUACCUGCGAGCAUACCCGAUACUUUGCACUAUUACAUGGUCGGUGGGCACAUAAGACCUUUUUCUGGCGCACAGAAAGAUAAAUACAAGUCUCCAAGUUAUCAGAUACGCGAAGGAGACUCGAUAAACAUUGAUGUAACGAGUCCAGGCGCAACGAUAGCCCUAGGACUAAUGUACUUUAACACCGGGAAUCAUGCAGUGGCCGAAUGGAUGCAACCACCCGAUACGCAGUAUCUAUUGGAGUUUGUGAGGCCAGACUUCUUGCUGCUAAGAGUGCUCACCAAGUCGCUGAUUUUGUGGGACGAGAUCGAGCCGACCAAGUCGUGGGUCUCUAGUCACGUGCCGAAUAUUGUUUACAAGUACAGGCUGCAAAAGCCUACGCCAGAAGUCACGCAGAACGUGGAUUUGGAGACUAUCAACCAGGCUUACUGCAACAUUAUAGCGGGCGCUUGUAUGGCGCUGGGACUAAGAUACGCGGGCACUGCUAAUAAGAAUGCCUUCAAGACUUUGUAUAAUUAUGCUCAGAUGUUCACGGCGCUGUCGCACAAAACUAUAGCCGAAUUGGCUGGCAAGUCGACCGUUGAAACGUGCCUGAACGUCGUUCUACUUUCAACCGCCGUGGUGAUGGCGGGCACCGGCAAUUUGGACAUUAUGAGGAUAUGCAGACACAUACGCACUCGCGUAGGACCCACGAGCGGCGUAGUCACGUACGGUUCUCAUCUGGCAACCCACAUGGCUCUUGGUCUCCUUUUUCUGGGCGGCGGAAGGUACACACUUUCCAACAGCCCGAAUGCAGUGGCGGCUCUUAUAAUUUCACUUUUCCCAAAGUUUCCAACCCACAGCAAUGACAACAGGUAUCAUUUGCAAGCGUUGCGCCACUUGUACGUAUUAGCAGCUGAACCGCGUAUCAUCUUGCCGAGAGACAUCGAUACUGGCCAGUAUUGUUACGCGACAAUACAUUUAACAUUCGAGACUGACAAGGAAGCCGAGGGCCAAGAGAUCUGUCUACAGGCGCCAUGUUUACUGCCACAGUUAUGUAGUUUGAAGAAGAUUGAAUUGAGAGAUUCAAGAUACUGGAAAAUUACGUUUUUAAAAUAUCACAAUUGGCAGCAGCUAGAAAACAUGCUGGAAAGGCAUGAUUUCUUAAGCAUCAAGCAGAGAGCUGGUUGUCUAUCGUAUCUGGAAGAUCCUCAUGGUUUUAGAAGCCUAGUGGCUCAAACUCUAACAACGGGAAAUGCAAUCGCAUGGGCUGCACGGCCGGAAUAUGUCACAUCGUUUACAAACGAUAAGACUGUGUUGAACGUGGUGACGUACUUUUUGCAGUGGUCUAAAAAAGGAAUGGUCUGUUCCGAAAGUAUCAAGUAUUCAUCGCAAAACGAUGUGCAAUGCAAAGUGCCAGAAUUUGAACAGUACCUCCUUCAUAUAUUCGCAAUAAUUGUGUACGAAUGUAUUACAAAGGAUAAAGUAAAUCUUAUACCGUUGUGGUUGCAUAUAAUUAAAAGUGUAAAAAUUAUUGAGGAGCAACCGAACAGCUGUGCGAUAUGGCAAAUAAAGCUCCUCUCGUCACAAAUGAGACGAAGCAACUUUACCAACGAUGAAAAUCCGUUGUUCAGCGUAGAAAGUAUGCUCGCAAUUAAACAGAAAACGGCGAUCAUUCUCGAUAAAUGGGAGCACGAUUUGAAAUCUGUAUUUAAAGAAUAUCUUACAGACGGAAUAGUACAGGCUGACACCACAACUCUGACCAAAAUGUGCGCAUAUUUUAUAUUCUAUGGCAUACCAUAUCCAGUCGACGAUAAAUCAAUUUCGAGUUCAUUCACGACAGCACAGUGUUCUUCUAACAUGCCGAAUGUUACACUGUAUAAAUUGCGCAAGAUUUUACAGACAGUUUAAAAGGUAAAGUUCUUAAAGAGAUACAUGCGUGUGUAAUAAAACGUUAAAAAAUGGUUGAAGAUCUUGUUAUCUCUUCUUUUCAUCAAAGUGAUCUUUGUAUUUGCAAAUUAAAAAUAUCGUUGUAUAAAAUGUUUGAUAAAAUUUGUAUGAUAGAGUAAAAAUUUUACGAAUAAAUUUACUAAAAACGGA